AACUCUUCCUCCCGUCCGAGGACUGCUGCCGGCGGCCGCUCUGAUUGGCUGCGCGCACUGACAGCUCCGGCUGUGAUUGCAGGAGAGGAAGCCGGCCCCUUUCACUCUUGCUCAUGGACCAUUCAUAAACUACACAAGUCCUGCACACACAGCUGAGUGUGUGGAAGAAAAGACUGGACCCGAAAGGAGAGAGAAUAACUAUAGUUGUGCGCAUCCCGAUAAGAGGAACAUGCUGGUAUACGGACGGCGUGUGUGAUCCAGAACACGGGGGGGGCUUCAGCCUAUACUCUGAUAUAUUUGGAAGCGCAUAGUUUCGGACAAAAAAUUGGUAGCCAUUACGUUGCAUCCCUAUCCGCUUCCUCCCUCCUUGCACUGACGUCCAUCCGCUGUAACAGGCGGAAAAAAAAAACUUUGAUCAUACACAUUUUUUUUUUACUGCACUGGAAGCGUUUGCCAUCUGGCUUUACCGGUAAGCAUUGGAUCCGUCAACCUACUGCGACUCUCCGGUGUACAGCCCGGACAUCUGCCCGAACAUGAUCGCGACGCAGGCGAAGCUGGUUUACCAGCUUAACAAGUAUUACAACGAAAGAUGUCAAACGCGCAAAGCGGCCAUUGCGAAGACCAUACGAGAGGUCUGCAAAGUGGUUUCAGAUGUCCUGAAGGAGGUGGAAGUGCAGGAGCCGCGCUUCAUCAGCUCCCUGAGCGAGAUCGAGGCGCGCUACGAGGGGAUGGAGGUCAUCGCGCCAAACGAGUUCGAGGUGGUGCUCUACCUCAACCAAAUGGGGGUGUUUAACUUCGUUGACGACGGCUCCCUGCCCGGCUGUGCGGUGCUGAAGCUGAGCGACGGCCGCAAGAGGAGCAUGUCCCUAUGGGUAGAGUUCAUCACCGCCUCAGGCUACCUCUCCGCGCGGAAGAUCCGCUCGCGUUUUCAGACUCUAGUGGCGCAAGCGGUGGACAAAUGCAGCUACCGCGACGUGGUGAAGAUGGUGGCGGACACCAGUGAGGUGAAACUGCGCAUCAGAGAAAGGUACGUGGUUCAGAUCACUCCCGCGUUCAAGUGCACCGGGAUCUGGCCCCGGAGCGCGGCGCAGUGGCCCAUGCCGCACAUCCCCUGGCCGGGGCCCAACAGAGUGGCCGAGGUGAAAGCCGAGGGGUUCAAUCUACUUUCCAAAGAGUGCUACUCGCUGACGGGAAAACAGAGCUCGGCCGAGAGCGACGCCUGGGUGCUGCAGUUCAGCGAGGCGGAGAACAGGCUGCUGAUGGCGGGCUGCAGGAAGAAGUGUCUCUCGGUCCUCAAGACCCUGCGCGACCGUCACCUGGAGCUGCCGGGUCAGCCGCUCAACAACUACCACAUGAAGACCCUGCUGCUGUACGAGUGCGAGAAGCACCCGAGGGAGACCGACUGGGACGAGUCCUGUCUCGGGGACCGACUUAACGGGAUCCUGCUGCAGCUGAUCUCCUGUUUACAGUGCCGUAGAUGCCCCCAUUAUUUCCUGCCGAAUUUGGACUUGUUUCAGGGGAAGCCCCACUCCGCCCUGGAGGCGGCGGCCAAGCAGACGUGGAGACUGGCUAGGGAGAUUCUCACCAACGCGAAAAGUUUGGACAAAUUAUAAAUGUAUAGAUCGAUCGACUUUUUUUUUUAUUUCCCGCAGACAUUUGUGGGAUACCGCGAGAAGAGAGAGGACAAAAAGGUGAACUGAUGGUCACAUCCAUGUAGGCCACAUACAUAAAUUGAACAAACAAAAAAAGUCUGACACUAGACGUUAAGAUCGAAGUCAAUGUGAGGAAACCUUUUCCCAACAUGGAGAGACUCAUGGCAGCAGCGAGGCAAGGUACAUUUUCAGGCUAAGUGUGUUCACUUUUAGUCUUCUUGUGUAGCUUGUUUUCACGAAGUGAAGAAACUUUUUAUUUAAGUAUAUGCACAAAAUCUUUAAAUGAAAGGAUCAAAUGUAGUGUGCCAAGCUGACAUUUUACAUUAUGUGAUUUAAAAUGACUGAUGUUAAUAAAACGUUGUAAAUAACAUUACAACUUG